AUGGGAAGUGUUAGUUAUAAUAAACCUUUAAAAAAUAGAUAGCCUAUUAAUUGUAGAUUUUAAUUAAAACCUACUAUCUAAAUUUAUUAAAUGAAUGAUUAUGCAGGUAAAUGUUUGUUUGAGUGUGGAAAUUAGACCAUUUUCUAGUACUUAGAAAAUUUUUCAACCAUUCUCAUUUAAACUCAUCAAAUGCUUAUUGAGAGAUUAUUUGUUAGAAAUGGAGAUUUUUAUUACAAAUCAAAAACCACUAGUUGUUGUACUCUUUAUAACAUGAGAAUCAUUUUAUAAAAAUUUUAACCUUCAAAAAAACAAAUGAGAAAAGCUUAAAAACUUUUAACAUUAUUAGAGUUAUAUGCUAAAGGAGAAGAUCUAUAAUAAAAACCAAAAAUUGUAAAAUAAGUUAUUUUAUAAAAAGAUCUUUAGCAAAAUAAUUCACUUAAAUAUCAAUAACAACAUCUUAUUAAUUCUGAAUAAAAGAUUAAUUUCUAUUAGAUUAUAAAUUAAACAAUUUAAUAAUGUAAAAAAUCUAUUGAGGAAUUAAUUUAAGAAGAAAAUCUUAAUUUUACAUUAUAAGAAGACAGUGUUUAGAUAUUUAUAAAAUAAAAUAAUAUUAAAUUUUAUUCUAAUGCUAACUUAUUGCUUUUUCAUUAAAACAAAAAAAUUUUUAAAGCUAAGAAUUAUUCAUAAGCUCAAUUUAAUGGAAUUUUAGGAAGCAUUUUAUCCAAAUUGAAUUAGGAUAAUAAUGAAUUUUUAGUUAAAUAAAAAAAUAAAGGGUUUUUAACAUUAAUUCACAAUUCACAAAAAAAUGAUCAAUUAUCUUAAAAAAAAUAAGAAUAAUAAGAAUAAUAAGAAUAAUAAUAAUAAUAAUAGUAAUAAUAAUAAUAAUCAAUUAAAGAAUAAUAAUAAACUACAAAAUAAUAAUAAACUACAAAAUAAUAAUAAACUACAAAAUAAUAAUAAACUACAAAAUAAUAAUAAACUAAAAAAUAAGAAUAAUAAAAAUUAAUUGAAAAAUAAUAAGAACAUUGUUUAUAGUAAAAAUAAGUUGAUUAGAAUUAAAUAAAAAAAUAAAGUAAAUACAAGGAUAUGAGUUUGAUUAAUUCGGAUACUUUUUCAUUUAAUCAAUUUGAAGUUGGUCCUAUUUAAAUAAAAAUUAAGUAAUGAAAUAUUGAUAUUUUUAGGGAUAUAAAUUAAAAUAGAGAAAUAAUUGAUUUCAUUUUUGAAUAUCACAGAGUAGUUCAUAAUAGAAAUGAUGAUGAUUAGGAGAUCAUAAAAUUAUAUUGUAAAGAUUAUUUAGAUAGAAACACAUUUUUGGAAGAUGAUAAGUCAAAUAUUAAAAUAAGAUUAGGACAGAGAUAUAUGGAAUACACAAUAAAUGGUAAACUUAUAGCAAUAAGUGCAAUUAUUUUGACUUAAGAAUAUUUUAUCUCAGAAUAUUUUUUCUACCUUCCUGAAUUUAAAGAUUUUGAUAUUGGUGUAUUUUCAAUAUUAAUUGAACUCGAGUAUGCAAAAAGGAUUUAAAAGCAUUUCCCAAAAUUCAAAUAUCAUACUCUUGGUUAUUGUACUUUUAAGACUAAAAAAAUGGAAUACAAAUUAUAAUUUAGUGGAAUUGAAAUUCAAUGUCCUCUUACUUAUAUAUGGACAGAAUAUAAUGAUUAAAUUAGAAAUAAAAUGGAAUAGUAAAUUCUUUAAGUUUGUCCACCGAUUCCAUUUUAACCUUUAGAUUUCUCUAAAGUAACAAUUUUGUUAUCAGGUAUGGCAGUAAAGGCAAAUAUAGUAUGUGAAGAGGAAUAACAAGAUGAAUUAUCAAAAAUCUUGAUUAAUAAUGCUUAAAUAUUAGGAAAUGAUUUAAUGUAUCAUUUUAGAUUUUCAAAUGAUCAAGAAAUCUAUAAGGAUUGA